AUGUUAAUCGAUGAACCUGUCCCGAAGUCCAAGAAGGGAGGUAUCGAGAAAUACUUAGCAUCGGAGAAGGGUGAAGUGGUGGAUGGCUACGUGGCCCUAGUUAAGACGGCGAAGGGCGAGCUGAUCCAGUUCUAUGUUGAUCAACUUUACGCGGCCAUGAAAGGAUUGGGGACAGAUGAUAACUUGAUCAUCCGUACUCUGAUUUCGCGAUCUGAGUCUUGCUUUCUCAUCACCCAGAUCGAUCUUGCCAACAUCAAGCAGGAAUUCCAUGCCAAGUACGGCACGACCUUGGAGAACUUCGUCAAGGACGACACGAGUUGA